CGCGUCGUCAUCAACGUUUCAGCUCCCGUACGUGCAGUGUAGGAGGAAGCCGUGUGUGGUUGUUCGCUCGCCGUCGGUCGUCUCUCGUAGUAGGGCAUUCAUUCAUUGUCCGUCGCGUUCCGUUCGGGGGAUUUUGCCACUGCAGUGGUCUCUUCGUGGCGAUUUAAAGUGAAGGUGGAUUUGGAAGGUGCACCUCGUCGGACUGCGCGCAUAGUAGACAGACGAUUUUCUUCUGAUGUGUGAUUGAUUCGGUUGCGGUGCGUCGUGGAAAGAGGACCUGCUACCAUACCACAGUAGUGUGUCGCGUGCGUGUGUCGAAAGUGCUACCGAUAUUAUAGGCGGUUUUUUUUUUCAUUUCGUUGGGUGGUUUGCUACGAAAGGAGGUCGGUCGAGAUCAUCACCGAGCCGAGUGGUUUACUCUGCUUUUUUUUCGGAUUUGGAGGUUUCGAUCUCUUUCAAAUUUUGAAAGUGCGAGUGCUUUUUCUGUGAAAACUACGCGACUAGAUUUCACGGCACUCAAAUCCCCGACGCGAGGAUCAAAUCGUGGCAGUAUUUGGUUUUGGUUUUUCGAUUCAGAAAAGCGAGAAGGUGGAUCACAUUGUCAACACUGACGUUCCUCCCUCUGACAACAGUUACGUCAACGGAAAGUUACUAUUUGGGAACUGGAAGAACUGCCCGGAGGAAUUUUUGUACCGAAUAACAGCAUAUAUGCGAUAAAUCAAAGCUCAAUUUUAUUGGAAAAAAAAUCUCACCAAGCUACCGCGAAACAUAGGAUAGGAAAAACCUAAUUAGUUUAAGUGCUGCCAAUAGUAUUCCCAUAUCGCGUAGUACGUAAAUUAAAGGAAGAAAUUAUUGUAAAUUAUUAAAACAAACACAUUCGCAAACGCAAGUAAAAAGUAGGAAAGUUCGACGGUGAACGAAAGCAAGAAAAAAUCGCAUUUCUCACCCACACUCGCGCCGUGCUUGUCUGUUGAAAGCAGAGUGUCGAAGAAGAGUGCACAGAGAGCACAAAGCACGGAAAAUCUAGAAAGAAAGAAAGGAAAAAAUCAUCCAACACGCGAAAAGUGCCAGUUUUCUGUUCGUCUAUUCGCGCGAAACAAGUGCGGUGGAUCACGCGGGUAUUGACACACAAAUACCAAUCCUCGUGUCGAUUUUCGAGCAGAGUGCAGCGAAAAUAAUAAAUACGAGAAGAGAAACCGAAGUCUGUGAUCAAGCAAAAUUCAAUAAUUAAUAGAAAAAUUUGAAGACCGCGACGACGACGACGAGUUUAGGAUUAAGUAAUCGCAUACAUAUCAUCGCUCAGUGGCGGCGGCGGUGGAUGUGGUGGUGGUAAAUUGGUGCAGUUGCGCGCAUCGAUAUCAUAUCUACAGAGGAAGAUCCCGUCACUUCAUUUUACAUCACCGUUAUCAUCAUCAGCAGCAUCAUCGUGUAAGCGUGGUGUGAUCAUCAGCAGCAAUCGCCAUGGAGUCGAUGGAGUAUGAGAUGGCCCGCAACAUGACGUUGCUGUUCUUUCUGGAACGGCUGCUGGAUCGCGGAGAGCCACGCACUCUGCACGACUUGUCGUGCCAGUUCGGAGCACGCGGUUUCACCAAGGAGAUGCGACAGAUCGCCGGCGGUAGUCAAUCAGGUCUCAAGAAAUUCCUCUCACAGUACCCGGCGCUGUUCGAAAUCAACGGCGAUUUUGUGCACAUCAACAGCUACACAUCGAGCAGCGUGGACGAUUCUUCGAUCUCGGGCAAGCGGGACUACAUCCAGGAGGCGAAGGACUACUUCAAACACAAACUGCUGCAGUAUGGCAAGGGCACCGAGGUGCCGAUCCGCAGUCUCUUGGGACACCGGAGCCAGGCAUCGCCCCAGGUGCGACACAUAUCCGGUCAGCACAUCCGGGAAUUUACGGAAUUCCUGGUGAAACACCCGGACACCUUCAACGUGGUGGACGGCGAGAAUGUCGUCCUGGUCGGGUGCGAAAACGAAGAAGACGUCCCCGCGUCGGAACGAUUGCAUUUGCCAAACUCUUCCAUCGACACACAGGCCACCCAGCAGCUGCUGGACUCGUUUGCUCAAGUGAUAGAAAUCAAGGGCCCCAUCAUUGUCGAUCAGCUCUUCCACAUGGUAACGUCCAACUUCCCCCAGGAACAGUGGUUUCACAUGUUCAAAAACCCGGGCGAUCUGAAAACGUUUCUGAAGCUCUUCUCCGACUGCUUCCAAAUUCAAUCCAAUCUAGUCACGCUACUGCAGAAGCCAAAGCUGUCCGAUUCGCACAUUAGGCAGGCGCAGGAUAAGCUCAAUCUGUCCAACAGCACCUUCAACACCACACCGAGCGUCGGCAGCGCUGGCAGUGCUGUGGGCAGUGCCAACGGUAGCAACAACACCAGUCGGACAGCCUCUCCCAAGAACAUGAUCGGAGAUUUUAAACUUAACGAACCGGUCUCGGUCGGAAUCGGUUCUAACAAUCCGACCACCGCACUGAGCAGUAGUAAAAGCGAACCCACUAGUGGCUUCGAUAGUUUACUAAUCAAUAACGAUUUUAAAAUGGAGAACCUCUGUCUUAAAAACUGCCCCUCGUCGUCCAAUUCCGCCUACUCAAAAACCCAACAGACCAUCUCGGCGGCCCAGCACCAACCAAUCCAAAUAAUGAGACAAGAACCGAACAACCCGGCUACCAACGACAAAGCCAACCUCAUCAACAACAACAACAACAACAACAAUCCGGCUGUGAAUCCGAAAAAUCAAACCCUUAAGCAACGUAUAAACAGUUUGGUGAUCAAAACGCUCGCCGAAAACCUAGAAAAAGAUAAGCAAUCAAUGUCUGCCAUUCAACAUCAAACGUAUUACAGCAUGGGCGUCGGCCCCGGAGGAGGAAUGAGUGGUGCCCAGCCAAACAACAACCCAUCGCCACAUCCCGUCUCCCCCACACCAACCAGUCCGGUCCACUCGAAUAACUACUUCAUGGGUGAUACGUGGAAGAUCAAGGUCCUCCAGAACACCCGGGUCAUCUCGACGGUGAAGGAAUCGCUCUUCGUCAACAAUGUCAUUCUGAAAGCUUCCACCUACGAAGACCAGGCGGUGGUAUCGUUCGACUGCGAGGGCAUCAAUUUGGGAGUCCGGGGCCAGAUCACCAUGAUCCAGCUGGGAACGACCCGGGGAGAGGCGUUCAUUUUCGAUGUGGCGUCCUGCCCGGAUAUGGUUCCGCACGGUGGAAUCAAGGAGGUGCUCGAAUCGGAGAAGGUCAUCAAGGUGAUACAUGACUGCCGGAACGAUUCGGUCAAUCUGUACAACCAGUUCCAGAUACUGCUGAAGAAUGUGUUCGACACGCAGUCCGCCCACGCUGUCCUCCAGUUCCAAGACCAGGGCAAGCAGGUCUACAAAGUGAAGAACGUUUCGCUUAACACCCUGUGUGAGAUGUACAAUGCCACCGUCAAUCCUAUGAAGGACCAACUCAAGAACGUAUACCGCCGGGAUCAGAAGUACUGGGCCCGACGGCCGCUGACGCGUGACAUGCUUCUAUACGCCGCCGGUGAUGUGCUGAUACUGAUCAACGAACAGCUGUACCUCAACAUGGCUACAUCAAUCAAACCGGAGUUCCGAGAGCUGCUCGCGGAACUGUGCACUGAGCAGAUUUUGAUGCUAAUCCGCCCAGUGGACGUCAAGAUGCGCAAGAAGCAACGGAAGGUCCGUUCGGAGAUCCAGGACCUCAAGGUGAAGCUGAAGGGUGCCAGUAAGAACGUGGUGCUGAGUAAUCGCGAGAUACGAUUACUGAGAUACAUGGACCUGACCGAGGAUGAGAAGGAGAAACUGCGCGUUUCAUACAAGGUGGCCAAAAAGCUGGACAAACUGGAGAACUUUGACCGGGACCGUGGCGAUGCGAGCGAUUCCGAGGACGAGUGCGACGUCAUCGAGCAGGACUACCAGAGCUUGGACAGUGUUCCGUCGGAUAACUCGCUGCCAGGCACGGGAAGCAGUGGUGGGCCGGGAACUUUCUCGCCCAAGAGUUCGGAACCGCCGAGCUUGACCGAAUCGAUGCAGCUGAUGGACGAAAUCCUCUCCAACACGACCAUGGACCGGAUGGCCCGGAUCGACAAGCUGGAAGCGAUUCUGUCCGCUGCGACCCUGCUGCCGAACGAUCAGUCCUUCACUGAGACCAUGAACAAUUUCAAUACCAAUACGAUAGUAGUAACUAACGAUAAUAUUCUACAGCCGGCGAAGAAGGAGGAACCCAAAGGACGAACUCCGAAAUCCACCGGAACUGGAAACUCAACCGGCAGUUUCACUAAAUCAUCCCGCCAUCAGCAGCAUGGUACGACUCCCCCACCGGCGCAACCGAAGGCCGAAAUGAAGGAGGCCGGCUGCCAGACGCUCAGUACCGGCGACAUCGUCAUCACCAAGAUCUUCUUCAAGGAGGAACUGGACAAAAAGCCGGAGAAGACCCUCAGCAGUUCGGUGGCGAUGGCGAAACGGAACGGAAUGGAACCGGAAAUCCUGGUGCAACAGCACAACUCGGUGCAGGCCUGAGACAGGCCACCGAACCGGUACGGGACCGGUUCCAAUGGCAGCGGUGGACGCUCGCGAACCGGAACCAGAGCCGGAAGCGAGCUCGUCGUUGCCUACCACCACCACCGGCACCAACAGCGAGGCGGACGUUGUGAAUAGUUUUGUGUGGAAAAGGGACGGUUGGUUAGUGCUUUUUCGAUUUUUUUUUUCUGGACGGGUUCUUGUUUUUUCAGUAUAUAGGCAUACCUUAUAGAGCGGAUGGAUAUCAAAUAUCUGUUUGGGGUGGGCGAGCGAACGAGGGACGUCGUUUGAUUUGGUGAGCGAACGACGACGCGAGAGAAAGAGAGAAACUAUGAGAGCGUAAAGCAAUAAUUUAUCGGUUUAUCUAUACACACAUAUUUUUAAAAAAGCAAAUUUGAGAGUAAAAAACCCCGUAUUUAUAAAAAAAUCCAUUUGUAGACGCGUGUUCAGGCUAUAGAAGGGACGAAACUAGGCGAGAAAAGUUAUCAAUUGUAAAAUAGUAAAUGAUGAUUUGUAGAAUGCGAACCAUUUGAGAGGAACAAUAUCAAUAUUAUUAUUUUUUGAUAAUAUAUUUAACAGGAGGAGCAGAGAAGAGAAUUUUUCAAAACGGAAAGCUGUGAGCAUAGCUACCUAUACUCUCUUAAAGCGUAAAGUUAUAGAAAUUUGAGGAUCAAAAUUUUUGAGCGACGUUCAUAAAAGUUUUACACGCUGAUAGUUAACAAUGAAAGGAUAAAAGUUGUAUGUAUCAUGGAAAAUGUUAGAUGAAAAUUUGCUUCUUAAUAUAUUAUACACAGACAGGCGGACAUGCAACACAUUUAACUGCUAGGAACGAAAAUAACUUAAAAACGAACAUUAUUAACAUUUGAUGAACUUUGUGAAGCAUUAAACAGAAAAGAACGAGAAAAAUAAGAAUCAAUUCCUACCUAUAUAACAGAGGAGAAGAUGGCAACAAAAAAAAAUUGCAAAAUAUUCUAACAAUGAUAUAUUGGAAAACAAAUGAUAAAAAACGAAAAACAAUAAAACCAACAGUAGAAUAUUGUA